AUGAUUCCCUAUGUUUCAAAGUCUGAAGGUGUUCAGGCUCUCCUAUCAAGUCCAGUGAUUCUUUGCGUAUGGUUUAAUGCUUUUUGUGAAAUGUCUUCGAUGGUCAUGCUCUCCACAUAUGCACCUAUUUAUUUCCGUCGAGUUUUUGGUUUCGCAGUGGAAACUACUGGUAUUUUGGUCUCACUGACUACCGUAGUCCAGCUACCGUUCAAACUUGUGGCUGCUUAUUGUAGCGAUCGGAUUACCUUACUUUCCGAAACAGUGAAAAUGAACAUCUUCAAUACCAUAGCGGUUGGCAUAGUUGGUGUGUUAUUCUGCGUAGUUGGCUUCAUCCCACUGGAACUUAAAUGGAUUGCUGUGAUCAUAUUUUCGCUACUUCAUGCACUCAGCAGUUGCAAUUGUGGCGGAUUCUAUAAGUGUGGAACGUUACAUGCAAGGCAACACGCUCAUGUCGUCAUUGCAACUAUUCAAUUCAUGAAAUGCAUAGCACUCUUCACUGGGCCGGCUCUUGUGAGCGGCAUCGUCCAUGAUGAAACCAAUAAAAUGCAAUGGGCUGUGGUGUUCGUCAUCUCGGGGGCUGUCAUGAUUGUGGCUAACCUGCUCUCCUUUGCCAUAUUCACGGACAAGCCCGCCCCAUGGACAACGUCCGUCCCAACGACGAUCGAAGAGGAGAAAAUUGAAAUUCAACAGAUGCAACUGUGUUUAUAG